CAAAUGUUUUCUUGUUUAUCCUUUUUCCUGGAAAUCAAUUUUUAAAAACACGAUAUGUUUAUUGGCCUAGGCCCCCACUCUAGGUCCUGGUUAGCAGAACGCCUCUUUCCACUGUGACUCCAGCCACGUCCCCUGCACGGUGGGCUUCAGAGCCAUGGCGACAGAGGAGAAGAAGCCUGAGACCGAGGCUGCCAGGGCUCAGCCGACCCCUUCCUCCUCUGCCACUCAGAGCAAGCCCACACCUGUCAAACCAAACUAUGCUCUAAAGUUCACCCUUGCGGGCCACACCAAAGCAGUGUCCUCCGUGAAAUUCAGCCCGAAUGGAGAGUGGCUGGCAAGUUCAUCUGCUGAUAAACUCAUUAAAAUUUGGGGAGCAUAUGAUGGAAAAUUUGAGAAAACCAUAUCUGGUCACAAACUGGGAAUAUCUGAUGUAGCCUGGUCGUCAGAUUCCAACCUCCUUGUUUCUGCUUCAGAUGAUAAAACCUUGAAGAUAUGGGACGUGAGCUCGGGAAAGUGUCUGAAAACCCUGAAGGGGCACAGUAAUUAUGUCUUUUGCUGUAACUUCAACCCCCAGUCCAACCUCAUCGUCUCAGGCUCGUUUGAUGAAAGUGUGAGGAUAUGGGACGUGAAAACAGGGAAGUGCCUCAAGACUCUGCCAGCUCACUCAGAUCCAGUCUCUGCUGUUCACUUUAAUCGUGAUGGAUCCUUGAUAGUUUCAAGUAGCUACGAUGGUCUUUGUCGCAUUUGGGACACCGCCUCUGGCCAGUGCCUGAAGACGCUCAUCGAUGACGAUAACCCCCCAGUGUCUUUCGUGAAGUUCUCUCCGAACGGCAAAUACAUCCUGGCUGCCACGCUGGACAACACCCUGAAGCUCUGGGACUACAGCAAGGGGAAGUGCCUGAAGACCUACACUGGCCACAAGAAUGAGAAGUACUGCAUAUUUGCCAAUUUCUCCGUCACUGGUGGGAAGUGGAUCGUGUCUGGCUCGGAGGAUAACCUGGUUUACAUUUGGAACCUUCAGACAAAAGAGAUUGUACAGAAAUUACAAGGCCACACAGAUGUUGUGAUCUCCACAGCUUGUCACCCGACAGAGAACAUCAUCGCCUCGGCUGCACUAGAAAACGACAAAACAAUUAAGCUGUGGAAGAGCGACUGCUGAGUCCUUGGCGCCACACGACAGACUGUCAGGAAGUUGACUUGGAUUGGCAAGAAAAGUGGGUGUCAAGGGGCCCCCGGGUCUGGCCCGGGGAUCUGGGCGGGGCCUGACGUGAGCCGCCGCCUCCUUGAAGAUGAUUUGGCCGCAGGGAAAGUGUGGAUGACCAGAAAGUUCUAAAAGUUGCUGGUGACAUUUCUUGCCAAUUCGCUAACACUGUCUAGGGAGGUGUUCCUACUCUGUAUCGUGUUCACACAAGAGUCAAGAAAAAUUUUUAAUUUUUUAUUACAAGAAGGUGAAGUUCAAUUUAUGAUGAGUUGUGUUUUUUCCAGUAAAUGUUCUGUAUCUUUGAUAUUCUCCGCCCCAGUGCGCCCGCUGUGACCCGUCUCCACCACCCGGCUCUGGCCUGCCGGCCUCUGCCGCCCUGUCUCCGUGGCCUGGCCCUGUCUGUCCGGUAGGUGCUCUGAGACGCGGCUCCCGCCUGUAGUGGUUCCCGGCGUAUUUUCAAGUCUUUCUGGAAACACAGCGUUGUAAGAUUAUUUGUGUAGAGCCUUGUGUGUCCUGGGAGUGCGUAGUUCGUGCGCUGACAGCGUGGAGCUUGCAGUGUCCCCUGUUUGUCUCACCGAUGUUCAUACCACGGGCAGCACCACAAGCUGUAAUAAAAGGAGGGAUUUUGUGAA